AUGAAGCUAUACACUAUAUAUAGGUCAUUAUUGUUAUAUUUGUUGUUGUGUUGUGGUACAAAGUUUGCUGACGGAGGCCCAUUUAAGACACCGACACCAGGUUUAUCGCAGUUCCACUAUGACUAUGUCCCAUUUAGCUCGGGAACAACAAAAAAUAGGUCGAGGUCGACAGGAGCAAAUAUAUCGCAUAGAUCGCACCAAGAAAUCCUGAGUCCAAUUCACCUGGACAUAAAUGACAGAAAGAGCACACACAAGUACAAAUAUUUUAUAAGGAACGGGAUACACCACUACAUGGCAUAUCCGUCCUUCUAUUUCCACAAAAUCAAGGAGGGAAACGUUUUAUUGUGGGAGCUGUCAGUGUACAAGUACCCGCAGCUUGUGACUGCGAAGCGGAUGAGGAACGGUCACUACGACAUAAAGGUGCACUUCGAAAACGUCAUGGGUGUCAUUGGAGAGUAUCCGGGCGAAAGGGAGUCGAGAAGAGGACUGUACCCCUUCCAAGAGUUCAACAGGCCCUCAGUGCCCGUCCAGGUGAUAUCGAGGAACCCGAAGCUGCUGGAAGACGGCGAAAACAACCUGGUGGUCCUGGACGUGGGCGUGAAGAAGAGGACCAUGUUCUUCGAGUACUCGUACAACGUGGUCACGAAGACGCACAUCUACAACGCCAACGACAGGUACCUGUUUAAGCUCGUAAAGGAGGGCAAUUACAUCCACUGGAAGCCGACGAACGAAGAGUACGCAAACAUGGUGACAGUAACAGAUGAGCCGAACGGCGAACGCUCAAUCAAAGUGUUCUUGUCCGAUGACGCGGAGUCUGACGACGAACUGACGGCAGAGGAGCUGAGUCACGUGUUCGACGUGGCCUUCCCGCUCUCGUCAGUGUACCCAGAGGCAUUCAUGUCCCCAGUGGAGGACAUCUCGGAGCAGCAGGGGAUCACUGACGUGAUCGGCCUGGGCGACGAAAUCGAGGGCAAGAUCCCCAUGACGAUCGACAUCAUGAAGAAGGAGUCAAAUGAGCAGUUCGAGUACUUCAAGGGCCCGGGCUACGGCACGUACACGCCGAAGCACAACUUCAUUUUCAAGUUGAUUAAGGCCUCGCAGACGCUCAAGCUUGGCUCCUCGUUUAUCCUCUGGAACGGAACAAGGCCCGAGGACUACUCGAACCAGAUCAUCAUCGACUCUGUGGGCACCCUGAACACCACGAACAGCGCGAGCAUUUACCUGAUGGGCGGGGACAGCAGGCACUUCUCUAAGACAGCAAACAAGUGGGUGGAAAUUGACCCUCUGGCGACCCUGGACGUGGGAAAGGAGCGCGCAGGCUACGAGUACGAGUACCUCAAGAACGACAGGCAACACCUGGGGACCUACAUCCCCAGGGGCAGGUUCCUGUUCAAGGCGAUCAAGCUCAGCAAGUGGAAAAUGGCAAACAGAAUCGUGAUUAACAUCUGGGAGACCACGAAGCCCAACGAGUACGCGAAGAGGGUCAUCGUGAAGGGCUCGGGCAGCUCGGAGCAGUACAUCGUGAUAUUCCAAAAGGACGACACCUUCAAGCUGUACUACAAGCCGGAUAGCGUGGACACGUGGCGCGACGAGACGGCCAACCUGCGCUCGAUUGACACGCUCAGGCUGUUCAACGUGGACCUGAACGCGCCGAAGCCGACCGACCACGAGUUUGUGGAGGAUGAGAUUCCUGAGGAGCAGACGCCGAAGGGAGACUCGGAGGAGCAGAGGUUCCAUGACCAGCUCUGA